UUUGUCAUCAAUCAGAUAAUGGUAAUGAGGCCAUUGAACAAAUCGAUGAAGACAUAGCCGUGACUCAGAGUCAGAUGAACUUUAUUUGCCCCAUUACACAGAUGGAAAUGAAGAGGCCAGUUCGAAACAAAAUCUGUGGACAUACUUAUGAAGAAGCAGCCAUUCUAAAAAUUAUCGAGACUCGAAAACAGCAAAAGAAAAAAGUCCGAUGCCCUAAAAUUGGCUGUAGCCAUGCUGAUGUAAAAGGAUCAGAUCUUGUGCCAGAUGAAGCACUUAAAAGAGCGAUUGACAGUCAGAAUAAACAAAGCUGGUCAACACUGGAGAAGUCAGCUGGAUACGCUGCUGCCACAAAGAAAAUUUGUUAUUAGAGGUCUUGUGAGAUAAGCUGCUGAUUGUAAGUAGGUUGUGUAACUGAUUGUUAUUUAAAGUGUUUCAUUUAUAGGCAAAAUUGAAGGUCUCAGCUGUAACUGAAAGCAUUUUUUAAACUGCCAAAUAUGAGGAAUUCCAGUUUGUCUGGGUUUUUUUAACCUUCCUGAAAUUUUAAAAGCUUGCAUUUGAUAAAUAAAACGUGGUUUGCAGCAUUUAA